AUGUGGGUGGCUGAUGCAUUGUCCCGAAGGUAUGCUUUACUUUCCAUUUUAGAUACAAAAUUACUUGGCUUUGAAUACAUUAAGGAUUUGUAUGCACAAGAUUCUGAUUUUGGUGAUGUGUUCAAUGCAUGUGAAAAAGUGGCGUUUGGUAAGUUUUAUAGGUAUGAUGGGAUGAUGGCUCCCAAAGAUAUCGUAUUUGACUCAGAAACAAUGUGGAUCCAGCUCCACAAUAUCCCUUUGGGUGGAAUGACUAGGCAGACUGGUUUAAAAAUAGGGAGUAGCAUGGGAGAGGUAGUGAGUGUGGAUGUGGAUGAGGAAGGGAUUGGUUGGGGCCCCUACCUGCGUGUUCAGGUUAACAUUAAUAUCACACAGCCUCUCAUGCGAGGCAUUAUCAGUUCCUUCAAUGGGAGCAAGGUCUGGAUUGCCUUCCAAUACGAAAGGCUUCCAAAUUUCUGCUUCUGUUGUGGUAUUAUUAAGCAUGGCACGACUGGGUGCCCUGAACCUGCAGCAGCCAGGUCGAUGCAUGGCAAAUAUGAAGCUCAGUAUGGUGCCUAG